UCGUGCCACGCCAGGGGCUGUUCCUGUGCAUAUUUAACACGCAACCGUGGAGGACCGAGAGAGGUAUCCACGUUAAAUCCAAUCUUUUCAUGGUAUCAGAGCCUGCUUCCUCGACGUCGUGAUUAUAGCGUCGUCUUCAUCCUCGCUAGCCGGUGGCGCUGCUCCUUCUCUCGCGCACGCGGUCACAGAGAAACUCUCCCGCAGCAACUAUCCUCUCUGAAAGGCGCAAGUUCUUGCUGCGCUCAGGGGAGCUCAGAUGGCUGGAUACAUCGACGGCACAAAGGAGGAGCCGCCGGCCACCAUCAUCACCAAGAAGGACGACAAGGAUGUGCGGGUCACCAAUCCCGCGCAUACCGAGUGGGUGGCGCAAGAGCAGCAGGUUCUCAGCUACCUGUUGCUCUCCCUCUCACGUGAUGUCCUCAUCCAGGUGGUCUCAAUUCCCACUGCUGUUGGGGUUUGGGAUGCCAUAAGUGGGAUGUUUGCAUCUCACUCCCGUGCGCGUGUGAUGAACACACGCAUGGCUCUGACGGCCACGAAGAAGGGCAAUCUGAAGGUUGCCGAGUACGUGGCCAAGAUGCGGGGUCUUGCUGAUGACAUGGCCUCGGCAGGAAAGAAGCUCGACGACGACGACAUCGUCUCCGACAUCCUGGCUGGGCUCGAUGAUGAUUUUGACCCGGUUGUCUCUGCAGUCGCCCAACGUUCUGAGCCAAUCUCAGUCGGUGAGUUGUUUUCACAGCUUGUUACUUUUGAGCAGCGAUUGGAACUUCGACAGGGUGGCAUUCAGUCGUCCACCAACUCUGCUUCUCGCGGCGGCAAUGGAGGAGGUCGCGGCCAUGGUCAGCCAAACCAGGGCCAAAAUCUGAACCGUGGUCGCGGCGGCCAAGGCCGCGGCCGUGGUGGCUUCACCAACAACCAAGGAGGAGAUCACCCCAAGUGUCAGCUGUGUGACAAAUUGGGCCAUACGGUGGUCAAGUGCUACAAGAGGUUUGAUGCUUCCUUCACUGGCGAAGAGAAGAGUGCUGCUGCUGCUACCUCCUCCUACGGUGUUGGUACCAAUUGGUAUAUUGACACCGGGGCGACGGACCACAUCACCAGCGAUCUUGACAAGCUGACGGUGCGGGAGAAGUACAAUGGAGGUGAUCAAGUUCAUACUGCCAGUGGUUCAGGAUCAGGUAACGAGGAAACUACUUCACCAAGGCAGAUGUGAGCGAGGCCUUUAUCCUCUGAAAUCAUUCCCAAAUAAACAAGUUUUUGCAGCUAUCAAGCUUUCUCCUUCGCAGUGGCAUUGUCGCCUAGGCCACCCGUCCUCAGUCAUUGUUCAACAAGUCUUGAGUCAUAAUAAUUUACCUUGUGUUAGUGAGUCAAACAAGCAUUCGGUUUGUGAUGCUUGUCAGAAAGGGAAGAGUCAUCAACUUCCUUAUUCUAAGUCUUUGAGUCGUUCUAGUGCUCCUUUAGAGCUUAUUCAUUCAGAUGUUUGGGGUCCUGCACCAACCUCGGUUGGGAAGAAUAAUUAUUAUGUGAGUUUUGUGGAUGAUUUCAGCAAAUUUUCUUGGAUAUAUCUCCUUAAACAUAAAUCCGAUGUGUUUCAAUGUUUCCAUAA